UAAAUAUUCGCACAAUGACACACAAAGUCAUAUCAAAACAUAUAAUCACAUUGGCAUUUGGGACCAAUUAGCAUAAUACAGAACAGGGGUGUCACAAUUUGUGUCAAGGAAUAUAUGCAUAAGGUUCGAGGAUAAGUUGGAGAAAAAUAAGCAAUGUGAGAUCUCUGAAAAGGCGCGCCACUUCUCUUACAUUCGCAGUAAAUAUGAUGUUGUAAAAAAAUUUGAGUUGUUAUAUGAAGUGAAGUGGUUACGCACCUUCUUACCUUUUGCAAAACCAUCUGGAGCUGAAUUUUGCUACUUGAGUAAGAAAGUGCUGCAUGAACUGUUGCCAAAAUUAAGACGUUUACGAGUGUUAUCUCUGAGUGGUUAUUACAUUACAGAACUUCCUGACUCAAUUGGCAAGUUCAAGCACAUUCGGUAUCUUGAUCUCUCUUGGACUGAAAUCAACAGCCUUCCUCAAUCUUUGAAUACUCUAUACAAUUUGCAAACACUGAUAUUAUGUGAAUGUAAGCUUCUUAUUCAGUUGCCUACAGACAUUGGAAAACUAAUUAAUCUACGCCAUCUUGAUAUCAGUGGAAGUGGAAUAACAGAAAUGCCAUUAGGAAUAAAUAAUUUGGUGAGCCUCCAGACGAUGCCUGAGUUUGUGGUGGGUGCUACUGGAUCAGGGAUAGGGGAGUUGAGGAAUCUGGCACAUAUUCAAGGUAGGCUUUGCAUAUCAAGGUUGGAGAAUGUGGCAAAUGCUUGGGAUGCAAGAAGAGCCAAUUUAAAAGAUAAACAGGGUCUUAAUGAAUUUACGGUGGAGUGGAGCAAUAAUUUUGAUGAAUCGCGAAAUGAUGGUGUUGAAUUUGACAUUCUUGAGAUGCUACAACCCCAUCAGAAGCUCAAGGAACUUCUUGUCAAAUUCUAUGGUGGACUAAGAUUUCCAAGUUGGAUAGGGGAUCCUUUGUUCUCUGUGCUGGUGUCUCUAAAUUUAAGUGAUUGCCAAAGAUGUGUGUCCCUACCACCACUAGGUCAAUUACCCUCUCUGAAAAAGCUCAACAUCAAGGGAAUGACUGGAAUAAAGAGUCUGGGUGUUGAGUUCUACGGGCAUGGUAUUUCUUCUGGCAUACCUUUUCCAUCCCUGCAGUUUCUAAGCUUUGAGAAUAUGCCAGAAUGGGAGGAUUGGUCUUGUGUUGGAGGCAAUGCAGAUUUUGAAGGGUUCCCCAUUCUCUCUGAGCUUUAUAUAGAGACAUGUCCCAAGCUAUUAAAGAAAUUACCUGAAUGUCUUCCUUGUCUGAAAAAACUAGUGAUACAUGAAAGCCAGCAGUUGACUUCUUCACUCCCAAGGCUUCCAUUGCUUCAUGAAUUAGAUUUGAAGGGAUGUGAUCAGGCAUUGCUGAGUGGUUUACUUGACUUUAGCCUACUUGCUUCCUUAAACAUUCAUAAUAUUCCAAAUCUCAUAUGUCUACCUGAAGGGCUGACACGGUGCUUAACAGAACUGGAGUUGUUAGUGAUUGCAAAUUGUUCUGAGCUCAUGUAUUUGAUAGGGAGUGAGGUUGGGUUGCAACACUUAACUUCUCUUCGGCAUCUUGUAGUUCAAAACUGUCCACUGCUGGUUUUCCUGUCAAAGGAAGAGCACCAGCAGCUGCCAGGUAAGCUAGAAUAUUUGGAACUAGAUUCUUGCCUUGGCUUGGAGAAGCUCCCUUCUGCUUUGCAUAACCUUAUAUCUCUUCGAGAACUGACAAUCAAGGACUGCCCAAGAGUUGCAUCAUUUCCUGAGACCGCUUUGCUAUUGAGAUUGAGAGGUCUUGCAAUCCGAGGAUGUGGUUUGGAAUCAUUACCUGAAUCAAUGAUUCAUAGCAGCAAUGCAUCUCUUGAGUACUUGAACAUCAGUGGGUGCUACCUUCUUACUUCAUUUCCAAGAGGGGGUGAGCUUCUUCCCACCACGUUCAAGCAGCUGACUGUUGACCAUUGUCCCAAUUUAGAGUCCCUUCCCGCAGGGACGAUGCAUAGAAGUAACAUGUCUCUUGAAGUAGAGGUUUUUGACUGUUCUUCAAUCAUGUCCUUUCCAAGAGGCCAGUUACCUACAACAUUGAAGAUACUGACUAUUUGGAAUUGCUCCAAUCUAGAGUCACUAGCAGAUUUGAUGAUGCAAACAAUUUCUCUCGAAUCAUUUCGGAUUGGGGACUGCAUGAAUCUUAAAUCCUUACCCAACAACCUUCACAAGUUCAGAUCUCUUGGUUAUUUGGAAAUUGAUGGGUGCCCUGGUCUUGCUUCAUUUCCUCAAGGAGGCCUUCCCACCAGCAGCCUCAAAACGGUUAAUAUCAUCAAUUGCGAGAAUCUCAAGUCCCUACCGGAGCAGAUGCAAAGCCUUACUUCUCUUCAAGAACUGCAAUUAUCUAAUUGUCCCGGCAUACUGUCCUUUCCAGAUGGUGGUUUACCCACGAACCUUGUAUCACUAGAUAUCAAGGAUUGCAAGAAUAUGAGGUCCCUGUCAGAGUGGGGUUUGCAUAGGUUCACCUGUCUCAGAAAAUUCUCCGUUUAUGGUGGAUGUCCGGAUCUUGCCUCUUUUCAAGAGUGGCUACUUCCUAGUACAUUGACCACUCUUCAUGUUGGAAGGCUCUCAAAUCUAGAUUCCCUAUCCACUUGGUUGUGGAAUCUCACAUCUCUUGAAGAACUGAAGAUCAAGGAGUGUCAUAAGCUGCUUUCUUUGCCAGAGGAGGGGCUGCCCCCUAUGCUCUCUUGUCUUGAGAUCAGUGACUGUCCUUUGCUUCAACAACACUGCGAACAGAAUUGGGCUAAGAUUGACCAUAUUCCCUGCAUAGUGAUGUAGAUGAUGAGCUGAAGAGUUGAAGACUCUCUUUACUCUGAGAAAACAGCGAAAUUUUUUUUCCAAAUAAUAUUUUAACCAGGUGCUCAUUGGAUUGAACCAGAGACCUUCUCGGCUUGCACUAUUGAUGGAAAUAUCAUAAUCGGGGCUACUUAUGAAGGGCAACCUGAAUACAUCCAGAUUUUUGUGAAGGCACUUGGAGGCACCAUAACUGGUUCUGAUAAAUGGAUUCUAUCUCUCUAUGAGGUGGUCAGCUUGGAGGCCAGCCCUAGGUCAGCUUUAGGCCCCUUUUUGUGGAAAUUUUUGGUUAAGCCCAAGUGGAGUUUUUUGUUUCUUAGGAAGUUCAGUGCCACAUUUUUGUAUUGUUUUUGGUGGCUUGUUGAACAUUUUAUGCUCAUGUAACUCUUGAGUUGGUAACCAUUUAUAUAUAUAUAUAUAUACACCUGCCUUGGACUGUA